CGGAAAGUCUGCGCGCGCAUUGAAUCGGCCAUUUCUCUUUCUUUCUUCUUUUUCCAGCGUGCCGAGAGACAACCCAGCUGGUAGAACAUGGGCAAGGGAAACAACAUGAUCCCGAAUGGGCAUUUCCACAAAGAUUGGCAAAAGCACGUCAGGACCUGGUUCAACCAGCCUGCACGCAAGAUCAGGAGGAGGACGAAUCGCGUGAAAAAAGCACGUGCGGUCGCCCCAAGACCUGUAGAUUUACUUCGUCCAGUGGUGAGAUGCCCCACGGUGCGUUAUCACACCAAAGUACGUGCUGGACGGGGAUUUACCCUCGCUGAAGUGAAGGCCGCAGGUUUGAACAAAAACUUUGCGAAGAGUAUCGGAAUUUCGGUCGAUCACCGAAGGAGGAAUAAAUCCAUAGAGUCCCUCCAGACCAAUGUCCAGCGUCUAAGAGAAUAUAAGGCCAACCUGAUUCUCUUCCCCAAAAACGAGAAGAAGCCCAAGAAGGGAGAUUCUACUGCUGAGGAAUGCAAGAUGGCGACCCAAGUGAAGGGCACCCCCAUGCCCAUUCUAUCGUCAGGAGUGCUCAAGGCCAAAGCCAGACCUAUCACUGAGGAAGAGAAGAAGUUCAAUGCCUAUAUCACUCUUCGUAAAGCAAGGGCUGACGCCAGACUCGUUGGCAUUCGUGCCAAAAGAGUUAAGGAUGCGGCUGAAAACCCGGAUGAUGUCACGAAGGCACCAGCAGGCAAGGGCAAGAAGUAAACAUCCCGUUUUUUUUUGAAUAUUUAAAAAACAACAAUUAUUUUAUUUUGUGAGGGAAAUUGUAUGAUGAAAAUGAUAAUAAAAAGCGGGUUUUGUUUACAACACA